AAUAUAAGGAAGUAACUCGUGAAUUUCACGGGGAACUUUUGAUGGGCAACAGCUAUAUCAAGAUAGUCUUCCAAGAAAACAUAACAAUUGACAAUACAAAGGUGAAUUCGCUUUGUCGACAUGAAUGUGCAAAAGACUGAGAUUACAAUUGAAAAAGGUAUUGUGGAUUCUUUUUGACCGCAGUAUCACAAGAUCCAAGUCAGCUGAUUUGAAACUACCCGAGUCGAUAUAUCGACUUAAAAAAAAAACUUUACUGUUGCAAGACUUUGCACGGUACUUUAAAAUGUAAGUGUGAAUCUCCCUGCUUGGAAAGGAGAACUUCGAAGCCAAAAGUUCUAAAGUUGCCCUUGGAAAAUAUUCACAAAUCCUGGACAAUCUCUGUACAUAGACUAGUCUGGCAUCAUGGCUUCUAGACUCCACAAUAGUCUGAUAGACCUGCUGGUGAUGGUGGGACUGGACCAAGAGACUGGACUUAAACCUAAUGUGACGGACAGCAGUGCCAACGACCCACUUUUCCUCAGCAACUACGAGCCUCAGGUGCUAGCCUCCAUAUCAGCGCAAUGUGCCAUGUUCCCUCAGUCGUUCCCGAACCAGGAUGAGGCUUAUCCUCCCACUGAUGCUGUAGACAACAGGACAGUGCUGACCCCUAUCAGUGAACAGGAGGAUGCACAUUUCAGAGCAUGUGAUCGAAGGAAAAGGAUAGCCAAAAGCCUUCCACGCCGUGUGACCCUGGGCACCAUUGCAGGUGGUCGUAAGAUGCUGCGCAUGCUCAGUACAUCUGGUGGAGAGCUGCCAAUAUCUGCGGAGGUUAUACAGUCUCUGACAGCAUUCUGUUUUCCAGAUGGCAUGAAGGUCUACCGCCACAGCAUGCCUACCCACAUCCAUUUCCUGGUGCUGACGGACAUCACUGGAGAGCGCUCCUAUGCUGCAUGUGCGACGUACACCAGAUCUUUCAUGUGCAAGAGUUGUAGAGUGGAGGAAGGAGACGAUCACUAUUAUGAUGCCAUUCCUGAAGACUUCAUUGAAGAUGGCUCUGCACACAAGAUGGGCCAGAGAGUCUACAUUCCAUGUUGUCUGACUUUAAUAUCCAAAUAUCCCUACUUCACUGUAAUGAAGGAGUGCUUGUCAUGUCUUGUACCCAAGCUGCAGUCAAACCCAAGAGAAGUGAAGACAACUCUGGAAAAGUUUGCCUUACAGUUGUCUGCUACACCUGUGCCACCUGCUGGCAAUGUGGCCAUUAGGUUUUACCUGGACACGUACCCUGUGACCCUCUACCCCUCAGAUGACCCAAACAAGGAGGUCGUCAACAUGCAACUCAACCACGUCUUCCUCAAGUUUGACCCAGACGCCAUUUUGACUGUGAUACGAAGUAUUUUGACGCAGCAGAGGAUUGUGUUUAUGUCCAGCUGUUAUGCCAUGCUGACCACUGUGAUGGAGAGUUUUCUUGUUUUCGUCCGCCCCUUUGUGUGGAACUAUACCUAUGUGCCCCUGAUUCCUGAGAAGCUGCUGACACUGCUGGAGGCUCUAGGUUGUUUUAUUAUGGGAUGCCAUGCCAGACACAAAGGACUUGUUGAACAGAUUGAAGGCAUAGUGGCGGUCAAUAUAGACGAUGGGUCGGUGGAUGUGUGCAGUACCCUGAAUAUCCCACAGCUGCCGUUUGCAGCAGAACAGGAUUUUAAGCAGGCAGUGACACAAAUGAAACCAAGACUCAACAUGGAGAUGGCCCAAGUGGAGAGACCCUGUCCUGUCAACUUGGAGCAGCUGACACACAACAGAGACAUGUUCCAGCUCCAGAUCAACAAGGACAUCCAGGCAGUGUGUCUAGAACUCAUGGUGAACCUCUUCAGAGAAGUGAAGAAAUAUAUCAGAGAAGCCAGCAGCUUCUUCAACAAAGAUCAGUUCUUGGAAAAUCAAAGAGAAGAAGAACUACCUUUUUAUAGAGAGGUUGUCUCCACGGAACUUUUCAAGGCCUUUGUCAGAUCACGGUUUCAAGGGGCAGACUUUUUCGAUGAAUUUGAGGACAAGAUGAAACUAGCGACUCGCCAACAUGCUGGACCAAAGUUCCAGAACCCAGAUGAUCAAGUGAGGCCAGGCCAGUUAAAGAAAAGGACCCCCAGUUACAGCAACCUGUUUAGUAGCCCACGGCCCGCGUGGUCUGGACACACAGGUGCUCUCACCUCCAAGACAGACUACAUUGUCUUCCAGCUUCCUAGGUUCAGGUUCGAGUCUGUGGCAGGGUAUCACAAAGUGCUCAUGGAGGAGCUGACACGGAGGGAGAAAUGCUGUAAGCAAGCCAACAUGUUCCCAAGGAAGGCAGUCUACCUGUACUUGAGAGGGGCACUACAGAUUGCCUGCGAUGAACCAAUUCGAGGACUGAGAGAUUUUGAUGCCAUUUGCAAAUACAACAAAGCACUCUUCCCCAGCAAGCAAGUAGGGAGUGUGAUAGCCAGAUUAACUCCCACCCAGAAAGAGAUCCUGAGCCUCCAGGAGUGGUACAAGAGAUCAGAACAGCUGCAGAGGAUUGAGGAGAGCAAGGGGAAACGCGGGGACGACAUUGUGAUUAUCAUGGAGUUUGAGAAAAUUCCAGAAGACCCUAUUUAUAUCCAAGACUUCUCCAGCCUGGUGGAAUACAUGGACAUAGCAUCUGACCAUGACACCAUUCAGCGGCUGUUUAAUGCACUGACUGUCACUUGUCAGGACAACCAGAUGUAUACACCCCUGGACCCUGGCACAUUUACUGUUUUUUAUGAAUGCUUGAAAGAAAACGAGAGCACUUGCCAUGAACCCAAAAUUCCCGAGGGAUGCCUUGGCGAGAAUGAGUGCAUUCUGAAAGUAUCUCAAAUGAUUGACACCAGGGGGAGGUUUAAGGACGUAGACUCUGGCAACAUGGAGGUCUAUGGACCUGGGAGAUUGAUAUUAACACAGAGAAGGUUGUGCUUCAUAUGUGAAGGGACCCACAGAUUUUGUGACAUAGUUCGACUGCGGGACAUCAUAUGUUUGGAGAAAUCUACAGAAGGGUACUCCAUAUAUGGAAAAAGGGAAAAUUCUCUGAAGAUUUACUCCAAAGUGAUGGAUACCACCCAGGUUGUCUUCACAGCCAUAUUGAAGGAGGAGCGGAACUACUGGUUCACUCUGAUCACAGAGAUGUGGUCAGGCAAGCUGAUGUCCGAGGAGUACAAGGACCCGGGUCUGAUACAGCAGGCAGCUAAGAAUGUGAUACUCAUUGAUGCUGUGAUCAAAAGUGGGCAAGAAGAAACUGUGAUGCAUCACGAGCAAUUGGAGGAGGCAGCCAACAAGUUGUGUUACUUCACUAUGCUGAGAGAACAGCAGCAGACGGACUCUGCCCUGGAUGCCAGCUGGAAGAAGACGUCUGGUCUGCUCCAACAUCGUGUCAACCCUAACCAGCGCGAGCGCGAUAGUCGGGCGGUGGAGGCGCUGUUGUACACUCCUGGCAGCCGCGUGGGAGAUGAGGAUGAAGACAGCACACCCAAGCUGUGGUGUGCUAUGGGUAAUGGGAAGGUGGAGGUGUACGAUGCCAGUACCUGGGUUUUGGAGGCUUCCAACAUUAAAGCUAAGGACAGAGUGGUGUGUCUGCUGGCAGUGGGGGAGAGUCAGGUGUGGGCGGGGUCAUUUGACAGCGUCAUCUACGUGAUUGACAGGCACAGCAAGCGUGCCAACUCCCAGCUGGUGGCCCACAGAGACCAGGUGUGUGAUCUCACCAUUUCUGACGACGGCAGCACGGUGUAUUCUGCCAGCCUAAAUGGCCAAAUAGUGGUUUGGGAUACCUCAACACUCAAAGAGCUGAAACAACUGAGAGUGGAUGGAGGAAUUAAGGCCAUAACAUUUUUCCGCGAUGAGUUGUGGUGUUUGAAAAAUUCAGGAGAGUCCAUAGCUGUGAUAUCAGUGGAUGAUGGUAAAAUGAAGAGAGAACUCACAUACCAUGACCAGCAACAUAACAGACCGUACAGAUUUUCCUGUUUUCUUAUUGCCAAAGGAGAUGAGAAUAAUACAUCCCACAAUGCCACAGUGUGGGUCGGCCAUGAUGACGUGCCAAUGAUAACGGUGUGGGAUGUAGAUAACUUCAAAGAACGCGUCACGUGUCUGGAGGUGGACAAAUCCAGGGGUUUUACCAAGCUCACACAAGUUGGAGACAAUAUAUGGGCAGGCUCAAAAAUGAUGAGAAACUGCAAAGAGGCAUACAUGUAUAUAUUCAAUAGUCGCAGUUUUGAGAAGCAGGAACCUCUGAAAGCCCACAGUGACACCAUACGAUCCCUGUGUACUGCUGAGAGCCGAUAUGUCAUAUCAGGAUCUGGGAGUAGAGACGGAAAAGUUGCAAUAUGGCGGACAUCUCCAAUACGACACUUUUCACAUUUUGAACUAUAAGAGAUUUUAUCAAUUCAGUGUUGUGAUAUUUUAUUUUAAUAAGCAAAAUAUGAAAAAUUGCAUACUAUAAGAGGACAAAAAAACCCCCACAAUCAUAGACAAUGGAAGUAUAUUAAAAAAAUAAAAAUAAAAAAGCAAAUGAGAUGAAUAAAGAUAAAGAAAACAUAGGUCGGGAUGAAGGCAAUUUACCACAGAUACUGAGAAAUUUUUCUCAAGUGCAAUGAAGUUCUUUUUAUGGACAGAGAAAUAAAGAACAAAAAUUGUAGAUA